CUGACCCUGAGAAGAGAAGGAAGACCGAGCGGUUGAGCGAGUUUAUCAUUAUCGCCGUAUUAACAUGGACGGGAAAAAAUAGAGACGCACGGCAAAAUUAUACGGGUGACUUUGUCGAUUUACGACGAUGGAACAAGGCGAGAAUCGGCAAGCACGAUCGGCGUAAAGAUUGAAAUAUGUACGCUCGUAGACGUGCGUUCGUUAGAUUGUGAGAGAGGGAGUGAGUGUGUGUGAGAGCGAGAGCGAGAGAGAGAGAGAGAGAGAGAGAGAGAGGGAAAUAGAGAGAGAGAGAAAGAGAAAGAGAAAGAGGCAAAAAGAAAGAAGAAAAAUAAUCUCUUGGCGUUGUGUGAAGCGCGUCGUCGCGUCGUGUGUCGCGUUCCCGUUUCCUCUGCGCGUCGGUGGGUGCGUCCGUGUGUGCGUGCGUGCGUCCGCGUGUGCGUGUGUGUUAAGUCAAGAUGGCGGCAACGUUAACCGUCGAGCAAGAACAAGCUACAAAAGAAUUUAUAGAGGCUGUGAAUAAGUGUCGAGCUGGCAGACGUGCCGGACCAGUUUCCUGGAGUACAGCAGUCAAAUUUUUAGCAGCCAGAAAAUUUGAAGUAAGUAGAGCUUUAGCUCUUUACGAACAGCAUGAAGCUACUAGAAGAAGAGAAGGUUUAGCUGUUUUGCAUCCAACACAAGAACCAUUACUCAGCGAAUUACGUACAGGAAAAUUUACUGUUCUGCCUUCAAGGGAUGCAACUGGUGCUGCUAUAGCGAUCUUUACAGCACAUUUACAUCUUCCACAAAAUACUACACAUCAAACUACUUUACAGGGUGUUGUAUAUCAAUUAGAUGCGGCUCUCGAAAGUGCAGAUACUCAGAAACAUGGUUUGGUUUUUAUUUAUGACAUGUCUGAUAGCAAGUACCAAAAUUUUGACUACGAUCUAUCGCAAAAAAUUCUCACUCUACUAAAGGGAGGAUAUCCAGCAAAACUUAAGAAGGUUUUAAUUGUAACUGCACCACUUUGGUUCAAGGCACCUUUCAAAAUCCUUCGUUUGUUCGUUCGUGAAAAACUGCGGGACCGAGUAUUUACUGUAUCCAUUCCUCAAUUGACAUUACAUAUACCGCGAGAAUCAUUGCCACAUCGGCUAGGAGGCACCUUGGAGAUACAGCAUGAGGCAUGGCUAUUACAUUGUCUUAAAUCCAUGACAAACCGAGGCGGGGGUGAACUCUGUGAGGUCUGCGUUACUCCCAGAGUGGGAACCCCACUUUCACCUACAUUAAAGAAUCAUACAGUUAAUCAGAAUCCUAAUGGAACACCGAUUAGUAAUCCAACUAGUCCUAUAAUCGAUAAGAAUAAAGUAAAGAAUGGUGUUUCAAACAUUGGAGAUAUUGAAAUUACUAAUGGUGAUGUGUGGAUGGCAAACGACGAAGCACCAUCUCCAGUACAGCCUCCGUCCUCAGCAAGCUCUGGUUUUAGCGAUGAUGAUAGCCUUCAUGGCGAUCUCGGACUGCAAGCAGUUACUAUGGAACAGCUUAUCGAGGAAAUACAUUCAAGAGGUCGUGCUGGCCUCGUAGCGGAAUAUGUAGAAAUUAGGCAAAGGCCACCCGAUGGUUCCUUUAAUAAUGCAAAAUUAAGGCCAAAUCAAUCAAAAAAUCGUUAUACGGAUGUGCUUUGUUACGAUCAUAGCAGAGUGUGUCUUUCUCAAGUAGACGGCGAUGCAACGUCGGAUUAUAUUAAUGCAAACUUUGUUGAUGGUUACAAACAAAAAAACGCGUUUAUUAGUACUCAGGGACCUCUUCCAAAGACAUGUGGGGAUUUCUGGAGAAUGAUAUGGGAACAGCAAACUCUUGUUAUUGUGAUGACUACAAGAGUAGUAGAACGAGGACGUACGAAGUGUGCACAGUAUUGGGGUCCAGAGCCAGGUGAUGAAGUACAAGCAGGUGGCUUCACCGUAACAACUUUAGAAGUUGAUAUAAAUCCAGACUAUACGAUAUCUAUGCUCCUUCUUACAAACAACAAGACUGAUGAAACAAGAGAGGUGUGUCACAUGCUUUACACAGCAUGGCCGGAUUAUGGCGUUCCUCAAUCAGCUAGAGCUUUAUUACAAUUCCUAUCCCUAGUAAGACAACAACAAAAUAAAUUAUUAACAAGUAGGGGUGAUACAUGGGCGGGACAUCCACGAGGCCCACCUAUAGUAGUGCAUUGUAGUGCUGGUAUUGGCAGAACAGGAACAUUUUGCACCUUGGAUAUCUGCAUAUCUCGAUUAGAAGACACAGGAACUGUCGACAUCCGUGGAACGGUUGAAAAAAUUCGAGCACAAAGAGCCUACAGUAUUCAAAUGCCUGAUCAGUAUGUUUUUUGUCAUCGUGCUCUCGCAGAAUAUGCACUUUCUAGGGGUAUGCUUAGUCCUCAACAUCUUGCUAUGUUACCUCCAACGGUCGAAGAAGAUUCUGAUUAAGAUACAUAUAUAUAUUCCGAUAGACGUGAAGUAGGUUGAUAAUCUUCCUGAGUAUGCGUAUUCAGCUCUGUCCUGUCUCAUAGUUUACUUGUAGUAUAAAUGACUAAAACUUAUUUUUUUCUAUCAUUGCCAUUCGAUGUGUAACCCUUAAGAUUUCUAGCGUUAUAUUAGCCUAACAUUCAGGAUAUUCUGAAUACAAACUAGUUUGUCAAAAAAAAAGGCCAAAUCAGUAAGUAGGGAUUGUAUAUUUCUAUUUCAUUUGAUUUUGCUCACGAAUUUUCGAUUGAGAUAGCGUGACGUAGCAAAGAGAGCACACAGAUUUAAACUGUCUGAGUAAUAUAUUUGUGGCAAGAACAGAUUUAUUUUUUCUAUUUUAUACUCUCUCGAUAUAUAUAUAUAU